CGCAUGUGAUUCGCGCUAACUGGAAAGCAAGAUGGCGGUGGCUGUGCGGAGCUUGCAGGACCAGCUCGAAAAAGCCAAAGAAAGCUUGAAAAAUGUUGACGAUAAUAUUCGUAAACUGACCGGACGGGACCCCAAUGAGUCACGACCGGGUCAGCUCCGUCGGCUCAGCGGCCCCAUGGCAGGCCCGGGAGGAGGUAGAGGCAGAGGAGUCAAUCUUCUCAGACGCAGUCUCUCGGACAUGGGAAGCGGCGGCCCCCCUGCCAAACAAAGGGACAUCGAAGGAGCUCUGAUGAGGCUGGCAGGUGUUCAGAGGCCCAGGAGAGACGUGCGUCACGACAGUGACGCCGAGGAUGAUGACGAUGUCAAAAAACCGGCGUUGCAGUCGUCUGUUGUAGCUACCUCCAAGGAGAGAACACGCCGAGACCUCAUUCAGGAUCAAACCAUGGAUGAGAAGGGCAAACAGAGGAAUCGGCGCAUGUUCGGCCUGCUGAUGGGGACGCUGCAGAAAUUCAAGCAAGAAUCGAACGUCUCCUCUGAGAAGGCAAAACGACGUUCGGAGAUUGAGCAGAAGCUCGAGGUUCAAGCUGAGGCUGAGAGGAAAAAGGUUGAGAAUGAAAAGAGAGAACUGUUUGAGGAGAGGAGAGCCAAGCAGACAGAGCUGAGACUGCUGGAACAGAAAGUAGAAUUGGCUCAGCUGCAAGAGGAGUGGAACAGCCACAAUAAUUAUCUGGUCAAAUACAUCCGAACCAAAACCAGGCCUCACCUCUUCUACAGGCCUGGGAAAAUGUGCUCCGCAACUCAGAAACUCCUCGAGGAAUCCACCAAGAAACUCAAUGCUGUGUUCGAGGAGAGGCGCGAGGCUUUUGCCGAACAUUUGAGUAAGAUGGAGUCGCGUCCCCGGCGCCAGCCGAACCGCGACCAGGAUGGCAGCUCAGCCUCAAGGAUGGACCGCCCGGCGGAGGGUAAGCCAGCAGGUCAGGUAGAGAAGCGGACAGGUAAAAGGGGGGAAUCGAGGAGGGAGGAAGAGGAGGAUGAGGAUGAAGAAGAUGAGGAGGAGGAAAGGGAGAAGGAGAGCGAUAGAAAGGAGAUGGGAGGGGGUGAUGGUGAGGAAGAGGGGAAUGAGGUGUUAAAUAAAAUAGAAGAGGUGGAGGAUGAAGUGAUGGAGGUGAGUGAGGAGGGCAGCAAGGAGAAGGUAGGAGAGGAGCAGGAGAAGGGUGAAAAGGAGGCAAGUCCAGAGUCAGAGGAGAUGGAGGUAGAGGAGAAAGUAGAGAGGGAAGACAUGGGUAAGGAGGAAGAGGGAGAAAUAGACGGAAAGCAGGAGUCCACAGAAACCCCAGAAGAAAAGACUCCGGAUGUCCAGAGCUGUGAAGCAGCUGUGAGCAGCCAGGAGACCCCAGACAGAAGUGAUCAGGCCCCUCAGAGCCUCGCCGCUGAAGAACCAGCAGCUCAGUCCGCUGUGGCAGAGGCCCCUUCCCAGGCCCAGGAGCCCCAAACGGCAUCCCCUGCUCCUGCUCCUGCUCAGGAGCCAGCCCCUCCCACACACGAUCAUAACGCUCCAGAGGCCAGCGUCCAGGAGUCCACGGUGGAAAAACAGCCGGUGGAUAAAAAAGCGGAGGAUGAGGUCCCACAGAAGCUCCCCGGUUCAAAGGAGACCCCUGCAAAGGAGGGGGUGAACCAAGGGAGAGGCAGAAAGAAGGAAAAGGAAGCGAAGAAACGCCGUAGCAACAGCUCCUCCUCUUCCUCGUCGGGAUCCUCCUCCAGCGGUAGCUCUUCCUCGUCUUCCGGCUCCAGCCGGUCCUCGUCGUCGUCCUCGUCUUCGUCGUCCUCGUCGUCCAACAGCAGCAGCCGGAGCCGAGACGGCGGCAAGCGAAAGAGGAGGCCGGCGGAUCGAGGCAGAGACAAGAAGAAAGAAGAGAGGAGUCGACGCAAGUCCGGAGGGAGAGAGUCGACGAAGAGGAGGAGCGAGGAAAAGAAGGGCAGGUCUUCCCGAAGCGAUAGGGAGCAUAAAGAUAGAGACAGGAAGGACAAGAGACGCUGAUUUGAAGAAACCUUCAGCCGUUUUCUUUCUAAACAGAUUUGUCCCUAAAAUCACCAAUUUCUCUUCAUGACGAAAAUGUUUUAAAAUGGGUGGAUUUCUUCUAGUCCGAAUGAUUUGUCAGUAGCCAGUGUAAGAUUCCUGGUACACUGCUUACUUCAGUUUCUCUUUCUCUCUGUUCGAAUACUGUUGCCACUGCAAGUCUGGGAAUGUGUCCAAUUUGAGGGGAAAAAUGUUUCUCCUUCUAUCGUUUUAAAUUCAUUGUGAUAUUUUGACAUGAAGACGGACAAUGUGGGGCAAAAUGGAGCCGACUGUCUUCAUGCCGGUAAAGCCAUGGCUGGAUUAUUACUGUAGAAACAACCAUUAAGAUGCAGUUUGUUUAUAUUUAGGUCACUGAGGCUAGGCUGUUAAUUUCCACUGAUUUUCACUGUUUGAUCGACGUCAAGUGUGAUUUAUCCAACCUUUUUUUUCUUAAACUUUUUAUUUGGUACUACAUGAUUACCUGCUUUAAAUAAAGGUGAGGCACAAGCCAAAA